AAUUUGGAAAUUAAGUAAAGGAGAAACACCAUUAAUGAAAGCAAGAAAACGGGAUACAGGCUGUACGUACUGGUAUGGCCCAGUUAGGAUGCCUGUGGGUCCUAAGCAUGAACUUUCCCGAACAUUUUGAACAGCUAAUUUGGACAUUCUAAAAGUCACGGUAUGACUUAAAAAUGGCUGGAGUUGGUUGGCAUAUUGAGGGAAAGAUAGAAAAUGAGGAAUGAGUCCAAAAAAAGGGAGGUCUUGAGUAGUUCUUACUCCAUUAUCUCCCUUUUUGUUCAUAUUCAUUCACGCUCCUAUUCAAUACUAAUGGAAAAAUCCACCCUUGAAAACCAUAUAUACCAAACACUAGUAACACAAGACAAGUGCUAAGGAGUGGACUCGGAAAAAAAAGUUUUUGAUUAUCCACCUAAACACAACACCAUUGGAAUGGUGCCACCCCAUUUGUUAAUAUCCAUUAAUAUUUCUUGCAAGAAAUCUACAAUUAUUUUAUUUCUGAAGUAACACUUAUUGUUCAUUCUUGAACUGUAUUUGACAUAAUUCUUUUAUAAGAUGGAUUUCAACCAAUACCUAAAGAUCUUUAGCAACCACAUAACUCAUUCAUCUGGUAAGAAGGUUGUUGACCUGGAAAAGACGUACAAUAAAAUUUCUAAGGAAGUUUUUUUUAUAAAGGUGUUUGGAGUUUCGAGGUGUUUUUUGGCUUAUAUUAAAGCAAUUAAAGACAUGUAUGAUGGAACCAAAGAUUUGGGUAGGAACUGUGAGAGGUGACUACUCAGAACAUUUUUUGUUCAUGACGGGGUUGCACUAGGGAUCAACCCUUAGUAUGUUAGGACGAAUUAACAUGGUAUAUUUAAGGAGAGGUGUUGUAAUGUACGUUAUUCGCUAAUCACAUAUUAUUGAUUAACGAACACAUAGAGGAGUUAGUUGUAGGUUGUAAGUUUGGAGACAAGCCCCAAAUCUAAAGCUUUCAAAUCAAGCAAGACUAAAACAAAGUACAUGAAGUGCAAGUUCAGUGAUGUAACACAUGAAGUGGAGGUGGAAGUAAAGAUCGAUAAACAAGUCAUAUCCAAGAGAGGAUGUUUCAAGUAUCUUGGGUCUAUAAUCCAAGAAAACGAAAAUAUUAACGAUGAUUCACACAUUGUAUUGGAGUGGGUGGGUGAAUUGUGGAGGUUCACAUUUGGCAUACUAAGUGAUAAGAAUGUGUCACUAAAGGCUUAAAAGUAAGUUCUAUAGAGUGAUGGUUAGACCUACUUUGUUGUAUAAGGAUAGAGCGCAUGCCAAUCAAGAACACACAUGUUUAGAAGAUAAAGUAGAGAUAUGAGGAUGCUCAGUUGGAUGUUUGGCAUACUAAGAGAGAUAAGAUUAGAAACGAAGUUAUACAAGAUAAGUCUGACAGGAUGAGGGAAGCUAGAUUAAGAUAGUUCGGACAUGUGAAGAGGAGGGUUCGGAUGCACCAGUAAGAAGGUGUGAGAGGCUGGCAAUGAGAACAAUGUUGAAUAGGCUGAUCCACAUGAGAAGGAUGAGCAAGAAACAAUAAAGGCACCAAUUCUGCUAUGAGGUAUGUAAGACAGAGGUUUCCAAACAAAUGAUAUUCUCCUUCUGUUGAUUACUUGUUACUAACAAUGGCAGUGAGAUUAGCUGUUUUGAUAAGACAAUGCAGGUUGAUAGCAAGUCCAAGUGAAUUUAGGAAAUGGAUGAAGAAGUAUACUCACUCCACAUAAAUCAAACUUGGGACUUGGUCAAACUACUGGAAGGGAAAGACAAGUCAGAAUAAUGGGUUACAGGGUGAAACAAAAGCAUAUGGCAAACUAAGGUUUGGUAAUAAGAGGUUUCCAACAAAAGGCAUACGUAAGGACAACCUUUCUCCAUGAAGAUCAAGAUGAAAGACUAGUAUAUGUAAGAACCUGAAGUGUACAUAGAGGCAGAUAAGAAAAAUCUGGUCUGUAGACUGAAGAAGAGUCUCUCUGGUUUGAAACAAGCACCAAGAAGUUUGACAGACGCAGGUUUCAUAGACGAGCAGAUUACAAGUUAGAUUGCUUUAUUUCAGAAGUUGAUUUGGACAAAAUUAUAAGUUGAUUUUGGGGCUAUUCUAAUUAGAUUAGCUUAUUGGAGUGACAAACCAUGGGGAAGCCAACUGGGAAGAAGAAAAGUAAUGUAAAAUCAAAGUCAAAUGAUGGAAAUGUGAAGCAUAAAUCAAAAGCAUUUGAUGAGGACACAGCUGUGUUUAUCAAGAUGUCUAAAGAACUGAAGGAAGAAGGGAACAGGUUCUUUCAGAAACGCGAUCACGAGGGAGCCAUGUUGAAGUAUGAGAAGGCACUCAAAUUACUUCCUAGGAACCAUAUUGAUGUUGCCUAUUUGCAUAGCAACUUGGCUAGUUGCUACAUGCAAAUGGGGCGUAGCGAGUUUCCAAGAGCUAUAAAUGAAUGUAACUUGGCACUUGAAGUUGCUCCCAAGUAUAGCAAAGCUUUGUUGAAGAGAGCAAAGUGUUAUGAAUCAUUGAAUAGGCUUGAUUUAGCUUUAAGAGAUGUGAACCAUGUCUUGAGUAUUGAACCUAACAAUUUGACUGCUUUAGAGAUUGCAGACAAGGUUAAAAAGGAAAUAGAAGAAAUACUUAAAGUUGAAAAUAAAAAGUUAGUCUUACCCCUUCCAGAAUCUGCCAAUGUUGUGAAGGAUAGCAUGAAAAGGGAGAAGAAGAACAAUAAAUUUGAUAGAAAGAGGAUAGUUGACAUCAAGGAAACUAAGAUUGACGGAGUCGAAGAAAAGAAGGCCGAGGACAAGGUGGUAGUGGAGGAGAAGAGAACCGUCCAGGGAGAAAAAACGAUGACAAGAACAGUGAAGUUGAUUCUUGGAGAGGAUAUAAGAUGGGCACAGUUACCAGUUGGUUGCAGUAUUCGACUUGUGAGAGACAUAGUUCUAGAUCGAUUUCCAAAUUUGAAGGGUGCACUUAUCAAGUACAGGGAUCAAGAAGGUGAUUUGGUAACUAUUACAACUACUGAUGAGCUCAGGUUGGCUGAAUCAUCUGUUGAUCUUCAAGGUUCUUUAAGACUCUACAUCAAAGCAGUUAGUCCAGAUAAAGAACCUAUGUAUUUGAGGGUUGAAGAAGAUGAGAAAUCGAGCAUCUGCAGAUCAACUAUAGUAAAAAAGGAUGGGGAACUGAAUAAAGGGCAAAUUUGCCCUGAGAACUGGUUUGUCCAAUUCGCAAGGCUAUUCAAGAACCAUGUUGGAGUUGAUUGUGACUCGUAUCUGGAUCUUCACGAGACAGGAAUGAAAUUAUAUUCAGAAGCUAUGGAGGACACAGUUACAAAUGAAGAAGCAGAAGAGCUUUUUGACAUUGCUUCAGCUCAGUUCCAAGAGAUGGCAGCUUUGUCUUUGUUUAACUGGGGAAAUGUACACAUGUCUAGAGCAAGAAAAGAAGUAUUUUUCACAGAAGAGGGUUCUGGGGAGACGGUGUCGGAGCAGCUUAAAUCUGCAUAUGAAUGGGCAGAAAAAGAAUAUGAAACUGCAGAAAUGAGGUAUGAAGAAGCUCUUAGAGUCAAACCAGAUUUCUACGAAAGCCUUCUUGCACUCGGUCAGCAGCAGUUUGAACAAGCAAAACUCUCAUGGUACUAUUUGGUUGGGAGUAAAGUAGAAUUAGAGACAGGGACAUGUGCAGAGAUCUUGGAGCUAUAUAACAAGGCUGAGGAUAGCAUCGACAGAGGGAUGGAAAUGUGGGAAGAGAUGGAAGAACAACAUCUAAAUGGACUCUCGAAAUAUGAGGAAUAUAAAGCUCAAUUGUACAAAAGGGGCUUGGAGGGUAUACUUAAAGAUAAAUCAUCUGAAGAAACUAAAGAGCAGACUGAAAACAUGAGGUCUCAGAUUUACCUGUUAUGGGGAACCAUGCUCUACGAACGUUCCGUGGUGGAAUUUAAGAUAGGAUUACCAACCUGGGAAGAAUGUCUAGAUGUUGCAGUAGAAAAGUUUGAACUAGCUGGAGCAUCACAUUCUGAUAUUGCAGUCAUGAUAAAGAACCACUGUUCCAAUGAAACUGCUCUCGAAGGGUUCAAAGUUGAUGAGAUUGUACAGGCAUGGAGUGAGAUGUAUGAUACAAACAGGUGGCAGACUGGGGUGCCAACUUUCAGGCUAGAACCAUUGUUCCGCCGUCGGGUUUCAAGCCUUCAUUCUAUACUGGAAAAUAUUUGAAUUGCAAAGCUAUGAUACAUUAAAACAAAGACUAUUGGUAUCACCUCAACAAGUUUAUGCAGU